AACAUACAAAUAUGCCUAUUUUGUCGCUAAAAAUGUUACCUUUAGUUUUACCUCGAAAAUUAGAAAUUUUCAGAAAAUGUGUUAUUGGUCUGGUUUGGGGAGCGGCCUAGGGCGCUUUAAUUAUUCUUGCCCAUCAUCAGCCGCUUCCCCGGUCCCCGAGACUUCAUCUUUACUUUCGUCUGGUUUUCCACUCUCUGUUCAAUCACCAAGUUACUAGCUAGGUAACAUGAUAAUCGAGCUGAGUUACAGUUUUCAACGUAACAACGAUUUCGAGGAUGGUUCAGACAAACCCAUGCUCUCACCCAUCUGAGCAACAAACCAGUGCACUGCCAACUAUGCUACCUCACACUUGCAUGUUUAUAUCCAAGCAAAAGUUAACUUUAUACUUACAUUGUUUACAAAAUAUUUACUUGCACGCACGCAAUUAUAUAUUGAUUAUACCGUAUAAGGCGUGUAAUUGGCUUUGCAAAUAUCACGUGCUAUAUGCCGCCACUAAGCGCGCUCAAUCCCUACCUCGUGACCCGCACGUGACCGAUUACACACCGAUCUCGGUGUGUGACGGAAACUAGAAAAAAGCUAGUUUGAGCAUCAAAUAGGCAUCAAAACACCUCUCACUCAGCAGCUGAAGAGUUUAAUAUCUACCUGCCACUCGCUUUCACUUACAGCUCACAGCUGCUUAAGUUAUCCGGACCUCGGACCGGAUUCUGCAGGAACACUCUUCAGUUUGAUAAUGUUAGUCGGACUGACAGGAAACGGCUUUGCGUUCCUUUUCGAAAAAAGAACGUUUCGAAAAUGCAGAAAUCAACAAAUUUCUCAACAUCACGCAACCAGCUCGGUAGUUAAAAUCUAUAAAUUUCAACUAUUAUAAUACCUAUACAUUUACAAUUUCAUCGUCAAAGAUUUGAACUGUGGAUUAGUAAAUAUCUGUCUUAAGCUGUCAUAACAUCGAUCCAAGCGAACAUUCUAGAAGACACAGUACUAGCUGUUUCAUAUUUGGCGGGAAAUCAUUAUAUCAGCUCAUGGUUAUUUAUUACCACAAUUAGUGCCAGUCGGAGCCGCGCACACGUGCACACUCGUACAUUGAGCUACCUAUACUUUACACCCUUCUUACACCCGCUCGGAAUCACUUCUUGUAUUUUCUCUGUCAGCUGUUUCGUCUGCUCGAUCGUCUGCUUGGUGACGGAGCCCCUGUGUCAUGUAUAUAUCAUGUGCAAUUCUGUAAAGUGUAAACCGGCUGCUAUUCAUUUUCUGUAACUCAAUACAUUGUUUUGGCGAUGUAUAAACCAUGCUAUCAUCUUCAUCAUCGCUCUCAGCGAGUAUAACCUCAGACUUGCUGCAGAGGACAAUAAGACAGUGUGCUAUGAGCUCAAGAUAUAACGUCGCCUAUUUCUUAGCUUUCAACAUAGGAUUCCUACCUCUGCCCAUCAUUAUCAUACUAACCAGCUAUGUCGUAAUAUUUAUCACGACACGAAAGUACACAAGACGUCAGUUAGACAGGAUCUCUGGUUCUAGUCCUAGUUGGAGACCUCUUAGUUGUGAGAGUACACUCGAGAUGAAGAGACAAACAAGUGAAAGUACACAACCCCACAAACAUUUAACACCCAACUUCACCUUCCCUUGUACAAACGAACCCAUCGUCAGGCUAUCCGACGAAGUCCCCUUAAAUAUCUCCUCAAGCUAUGAUACACUGAGAGUGAGGCAAGGAAAGUGGGUCCACACAACACCCAACAUGAACACUGAUCAGGAGACAGAGAAGUCAUUCUACAAACAGAUUGUGCAAGCGUUGAGAGCGUUGUUGAUUUGGAGACCAAACCAAGGUGAAGGAGAGCAACCAGGACAACCACACUCAUUCGUGUACCGAACACGCAAUACGUCCAUUGCGUUGUCGGAAGAAGAAGCAGCAGCCAGAAAGCUACGUAACCAAGCAGGAACCCUGCUCAUUGUUAUUGGCACUACUAUCCUAGUCAGCUACACUCCACUACUAUCUAUAGCUUUCCUAGCAGCAUUUCAUUACAACGUCAAUGUAACAUACUCAGAAGUUCAAGGUUUCAUCUUGUUGAUGCUGAGUAAUGCUAGCAUCAAUCCUCUCAUCUACUUCUUGCUAAACAAAGAGUUCCGAGUGGCCGCCAAAUCCAUCUUCUUUGAUUCUGCUGUUAGUCAAAUCAAGAUUUUGAUGUUACCGUAGUUAGAUAUUAAGAUAGCUAUCCGUCUACGCAGACAAAGCAGCUCCUUCUCCACCCGCGGGAGCGUCUUCUCCCAGACCCUCACUACAGAAACUAGUGCUCACCACAGUGUCACUGUACCCGUCAGACCGGCUAGUCUCUCUGCUUCCAACGACUUCAUCUACAGACAUUCUCACAAAACACCCUCGCAAGAGUCGGAUGUUACUACGACACCAAGUCCGGUUAAAUUAAAGCCUCGAAUUGGGGAAUACUACCGACCAGCUUCAGAUCCUGUGAUUAAGAGGCGCAUGACAGCUACCCAGGGUAAAGCUAGAACCAGACCAGUAUCCGGCAAGUUGGCCGCAGAGGAACGAAUACAGAAACACGUUUUGAGAAACAGUUUGAUUGUUUUAGCUCCGAGUGAUAGAGAGGCAAUCAAAUCAAAAAGUUCAGGACUGAUAAAUCUUUCUUUUUACGAAGUGGAGUCGGCAUUGUAAAUUUGUUCCCCUCUCUGUAAAUCAACGCACAAACAAAUACUUUUCCAGGCUACUUUAGUUUUAGUUUUAUGACUUGCUUCAUAUGCUAACUUCUCAGUUUUCAUGUUUGAUGUUAGUGCUAAUACUAAAAGAGCAAGCGUGAUAUAAUUCCAAAAAAGAAUGUCAUUAUCCAGCUUGCUCAUCUUCCCCUCUAUUCUGGAAGAUAGAAGUGAAAUGAAUGCGGGUGGAGUGAAUGUCGCGCCGGGUAAAUUACAUCACGGCCAGUUUGCGGUUACGCAAACUAUGAACUUUGAUAAAUCAUAAACUGAGCAAACUAAAUCAUAAACAAGCCAUUAUAUUAUACGACAUGACCUCAUGAGAAACAAUUACCGUUUUAACAUCAACGAACUAAAAGACUUAAUUUAUAUCAAAUUGAGUAUUGACGCGUUUAUUUUUAUGUACUACUGUUAAUUUACUGGCAAUACUAUUUCUAUUGUACUUGUAGUUAACAUGGAUGAUGGAUUGAUAAAAUGAAUUGUAUAAUUAAUUAUAUAUCAAUUAUGUGUAAUAGUAAUACUUAAUACUAAAU